AUGACUGGCUUCUCCAAAAUCUUACCAUCAGUGCAGAAAUUCAAAGCUGCAAUCCAAAAGAGCCGAAAGGCGGGUGCAAAGGAUAAGGAUCGACUUGAACGCGACAUCCCAGGAUCCUCGUCAACGCUUGGCCUAGACAGCUCACGGCCUUUACCGCCAUGGGGUGUUCCCGUCGAAAUCCAAAUCCUAAUCUUCGCCAACUGCGGGACCGCCGAUUUCCUUCCCUUGAAGCUUACUUGCAGGACAUUCAACCAGGUCUUAAGUUCUCAUGAACAUGAGAUCGUUCGGCAAUAUCUUCGCCAACGCCGGCAUGGUACCCUUCCUUCUCCGAUAGAUAUCGAUCGCACCUACACACGAAGCCCCGAAGAUGACGUGGUCCUCUUGUCCGAUUUGUUUCCACCGUCCAAAAGUGCGCGGGGUGGUCACUUAUAUACGUUCAGAUACCUGCAUGGCUUACGGCAAAGACAAAGACUCUGCUCGAGGCUGGCUUAUUACCUCGCAGACAGUGUGAUGAAUCGAUAUGUGCAGGAGGAGCAAAACCAGAUCGAUCCAAAGAAGAGCAACCGAGCGUUAUUACUCAAGCGAGCGAAGGAUAGCAUGUGGUUUUAUAUUGCGCCCUUGAUGUACUACACGUUAUAUUACCUAGAAGCAUACUCAUCAGCCCGACGUGAGCACACCAACAUGCUUCUCCGUGAAUAUGAGGCUGGUAAGCUCGCAGUUCCAGUUCCGCUCGAUAUGCGCCGAAAGAUGUACAGAGACCUUCAGACUCGAAUCCUUCGCGAACCUCCCUUCACAAAUACCGCCGCUCUCCUUGCCACGCACCACUGCAUGCAUCUGUUAGUUUCCAAUAUCCGACACACCAUUCCUGAAGGAGAGCCCGAUGAUUCAUGGAUCAGCUCCCUCCUAGCUUUAUCUCCAUUCGUACGAAUUGUCGAAUAUUUCUCUGCGGAGAUUGGAGAUGGUGGUAACCAGCGCAUGCAACGCAAAGACUUCAUGUACAACUUUUAUCAUGAUAUGAAUUCUCAUGAGAAAGAUCAUAUGAUUUCUGUGAUCUGGGGUAGAGCAGCUGAUCAGAAUGUGCAGAAUAUGCAUAGUUCGGUACGAGAUCUUUGGUUUGACGCCGCCAGGGCAGAACUUAAAAUCCGAAACGCAAAUCCUCAUAGGGUAGAGGAUGUCUUUCAUUGGAAUGGAGUUCCUAUUCAGUUUGGGUGUCCUGAUUGCCACCGUACACGAGGUUGGUGGGCUUAA